AAAAUGCUCAAAGUGAGCGUUUUUGCUCUGCUACUUGUGUCGGCUUCAGUGAGUGCGGAUAUUGGAGACACAUACAGCUGUUAUUCCGGAAAAAAGGAGUGUAAACUGACAAAUCUAAAAUAUGAGUCACGUGAUGCAGUAGAAAGCAUUACCAUUCAUGGUGGUAACGGGCCCUUUCUAGACAUAGAGUUUACGGACUCUUCAUUCCCGAUUAUACCACCGUCGUUGUUCCGUGACAACGACAAUGUUCGUUCAUUGUCGCUGAAAGAAUGCGAAAUCGAAACCGUUGAAGCAAGAACGUUCGAGAAUGCCCGGGAGCUAAAGUUUCUCAAAAUUCAAAAGAAUUGGUUAACAAAGUUGUUCAAUGAUAUGUUCAAAGAAAGUAAACUGGCGAAGGUCAAUUUCGGAAACAACCGGAUCUCAGAAAUUGAGGAAUACACUUUCAGAGGAUGCAGAGACUUGGACACACUGAGAUUGUCUAAAAAUAGAAUUAAAACACUUCCUGCGCAGUUGUUUUCCGGUUUGACGCUACUUGAAGACUUGCAUCUGGAUCACAAUCGAGUUGAAGAUCUUGGUGACUUUUUAUUUCGAGACUUGAAAAAUCUGCAAGAUCUAGAUCUGGAGCACAACUUCAUUCACACACUUGGACCAAACACCUUUUCCGGAUUAUCCAGCCUACGAAAGCUUGUCUUGAAAGAAAAUGAGCUGUCUUCGAUCGACGCCCAAACAUUCCAUCCGUUGGCCAAUUUGAUUGAACUGGACUUGGAGGAAAACAACAUCCAGAUUUUGGCCCCGGAAACCUUUGCCAGAUUAACCUAUCUGAAGGAGCUUGUGUUGACUGAGAAUUACCUUGAGGAUCUAAAUGAUCACAUCUUCGAUCAGAACGGAAUGCUGCAAACAUUGAUUCUGAACAACAACUCAAUGGAGGUUUUACGUCCUGGAUUGUUCUCAAGGCUCCCUAGACUAGAACAGCUUUCGAUACAGUUCAAUGAGCUUGUCAGUCUGGAUGACAACCUGUUUUCCAACAAUCAAAAUAUGGAAAUUUUAAAUUUUGAAGGUAACGUAAUUAGCCGUAUUUCACCGCGAGCAUUCGCCAACCUGAGACGCUUGGAAAUUUUGGACUUGGACGACAACAAUAUUGCAUCGCUCGAUGGAGGGCUUUUCAGCGAUUUGAGUGGAUUGGAGAAAUUGUUCCUGGAAAACAAUCUACUGCGAGAUUUACGUGCAGGAUCUCUCCGAGGAGCAACCAACUUAAGGAAACUGUACCUCAAAGACAAUCUGAUUCGUAGCGUGGAUGCCGCGUUCUUCAGUGAUGUGCCUCAGUUGAAGAGUCUUUCGUUGGAGGAUAAUCUGAUUGAUGCCCUGCCCAAGAACCUGUUUUCAAAUUUGGCAAGAUUAGAGGAACUUUCGCUGAGUGACAAUAACUUGAUUGAUUUAGACGAUGAUCUGUUCCGUGGAGUUUCCGGAUCGUUACAGGAGCUGUAUUUAACGAACAAUAAACUGACUACCAUUCGGUCAUCCACGCUCAAUCUAGGAUCUUUGGAAUAUCUGGAGCUGGCGGAAAACUACUUGGAAGAUUUGUCUCGCACUGCUCUCGAAAAUUUGAGAAGACUAGAAUCGUUAGAUCUGGAUGACAACAAAUUCAGCAGUAUUCCAGAGGCCAUCCGUGGAUUGACAAGUUUGAAAGAUUUGGAAAUAGCAGGGAAUCGAAUUACACGUCUCGAUACUCAAAUUUUGAACUCUCUUCAGAACCUUAAGGAGCUUGAUUUGUCAGAUAAUCGACUAACUGACGUUCCAAGUGAUGCUUUCAACAGCUUGAGAAACCUCAAAGAGCUAUUUCUGGACGAAAACAGAAUCAGGAAAAUUCCUGAUAAUACCUUCAUGCAAAACCGCAAUUUGAAGAAACUAGAUCUGAGUAAGAAUGAAAUUGAUGAGUUGAGUCAAAAAAUGUUUUCUGGUUUGUACAACAUGGAGGAACUAGACCUGAGCGAUAAUCCUAUCCAGCAUAUGGACGACUACGUGUUCAGGGACUUGUCCAGACUGGAGUCCCUAUCAUUGCGUAAUUUAACAAUCAACCAAGUUGCAGGAAAUUCAUUUAUGGGACUUUCAGCAUUAGAAAAGCUUGACUUGGAUGCGAACAAACUGAAGGAACUCAAUGACGGAAUGUUCCGGGGGCUUGAAAACUUAGAAGACCUGUACGUCAACAACAAUCCACUAGCUGAUAUUCGUCCUAGUACGUUCCAUCAAAUGGGAAACCUCCAAGUGCUAAGCAUUGGACCGAAUGAUGUUACAAGCCUAGACAAAGACUUGUUCCGGUAUUGUCUACGCUUGGAAGAGCUAUACAUCAGUGGAGUUCAGUUCAGUUCUCUUCCUCGUGGAAUUUUCCGCCCUACUCGCAAACUGGAAGUCUUGUCAAUCAAUAAUAAUAAGCAGAUGGCGGCUGUUGAUAAGGAAUGGUUUAAGGAUCUUCCGAAUUUACGAGUGCUUAAUUUGGUUAAUAAUAGUAUCAACAAUUUCCAGCCAGGAGUUUUCGACGAUCUAGAUGAUCUUGAAGAUCUCUUCCUGUCGGACAAUGCGGUUCAAUCGUUGGAUGUGAAAUUAUUCUCCAAACAACUUCGCCUAGAAGCGCUCGAGUUGACGGGAAUGAUGCUCCGGAAUCUACCUGUUGGAAUUUUUGAUAAUCUAGUCGAUUUGAAGCUACUGGAUCUCAGUAGAAACCAGCUGAGUGCAAUGGAUAACAAUAUUUUCAAACAUCUUUUUUCCUUGAAGGAGCUUUCUCUUUCGGAUAAUGGCAUAACAUCACUAAACGCUGCUUUAUUCCAUGGACUGAAAAACCUCAAAGUCAUAGAUCUAAGUGAAAAUGAGCUAACUGCUAUUGAACCCGAACUUUUCCGUGAUUGUCUCAAUCUUAGAACCUUACACCUGUCCAGCAAUCGCUUUUCAACUUUUGAUCUUUCAAAGCUGAGUAUUGCGAAGACCCUGGAAGAGUUGGACAUUUCUCAAAACAUGCUUUCAUCGCUUGUGGUCACCGAGGAACUAUAUGACAUGAUUGCCGACGAUAAUCAAAUUUCUUCAAUUACUGUGGAUGCAUCUCCCGCCUACAACUUGGAGACGUUGUCGCUUUCAAACAACCGCUUAUCAGACAUUACUCCAAUCCUCCGUUUCAGCAACCUUGAAUCACUGAAUAUCUCCCGAAAUGACCUCCAAAACUUCAAUCUGGGCCGACUGACUAACGCAUUAGAUGAACUGGAAGUGCUCAACAUUUCACACUGCAAAAUCGCCUCCAUCAACACCCAAGGGCUUACCACUCACGAGUCUAUGAUGGCGUUGGAUAUCUCCAACAACGAACUCUCCACACUGGAUUUCGACAUGCUGAAAAAUUUCCCAGAUCUGGAAACAAUCGUGAUCGGGGCCAAUCGAUUCGAUCGGUUGGAUAUCGAUAUACUGCUGGAUACCUUGAAAGACAUCGAAUUGGUAGGCAUGCAAGGCACCGAAUGGGACUGCUCUGCUUUGGAUCGAGCUGUGAGCAUCUUCGAGGACAACGACGUAGGCUUUUGGAGAAAUGGUGCAUCCGAAUCUUGCCGCGGAAGAAACGUCAGAGGCAUUUGCUGCAAGUAGUCUAUGUAAGAAGCUAUUUCUUUAGUCUAGAUCCGUUCGAUUGUAAAAAAGUAAUUAAUAGCUUUCAUAUGAUUGAUUUAUUUGAGCUCAGAACGAGUUAAAAAAAACUCCGUUGAUAGAAACCAUUGCAUAUCUAUUCAAAAGUUCACACUGUGCGAUUCGUUCUACUUUUCAUUGUUCCCAGAAAACAAAGUAAAAAAAAGUGGAAUCCCAUAUCCAGUAGCUUUGAUUUAUUGUCGAAAAAAUAAACCAUUUUUUGCUGCUCAUCAA